CUUCAUGUUACACUAGUUGUAUACGACUUUCUUUAAUGCUUUGUCAUGAAAGUGAAACUUAAGUACAACUUAAUGGUUGUAAACUUCUCAAAAUGUGAGGUUUGGAAAUUGUCAUGAGCACAAAGAACGGUAACGUGGAACUACCACGUUUGACAAGUUCUUUGCGCGCUUUCUCCGGUCUGACAUCGCCGUGUUUACGAGAGCAAGUGUACGGUAAUGUUGACGAAAUUUUAAAGAAACGUGAAUGGCAUCAACGACAAAGUAAAGAUGAAGAAUUUACAUGGGAAGAUUUGAACCGUUUAGUGAAGAGGAAUAUUCCCAAGAGUGACGAACAAGAGGUGAAGAAUUCUUUGAGAGACUUGUUAAACAUAGCUUAUGAAAUUGCUGGUAUUGAUGCUUCUUCCGAUGUCACCAAUAGUACUGCUGUGUUCUUGUUCAGACUUUUGAGAGAAGCCAAUUUUGUUAGCCAGAAAGAACUUGCUAAGGUUGCAGAAACAUUUGGACCAUGUGAUAGGUUGUUAAUUGAUGAAGCUUAUAAGUGUACACAACUCUUGAUUUCAAACAUUCCUGAGGAUGGGCUUAAAACAACACUUGAGAAAUCGUCUAGAAUUAAAAAUCAGACCAGUUUUGGUAAAGGAAUCAAAUUCUCAUUUCCUGAGUGCAAUGGAGUUGAACCUGAUCUUAGUAUAUUUGAAGAUGAUUAUGAAGAGGAGAAACCAAGUUUUUCCAUGAAGUUAAUGUUUGAUUCAAAUAAUGCCGAGUCAGCUAAAGUACCCCAGGAGGAUCGAGAGGACUGGGUACAACCAAGAAAUCCUGAUGAUUCAGGAAUUGAAUGGUUAAGGAAUAAAUGUCAUAUCUAUUUUGGAAAUUCAGGGGGAGAAGCUUCCAGUGAAGACAUGUGUUCAGCUAUUUAUGAACUUUUGUGCUCUCAGCGCCGUGACGAGGAAAUGCAAAAUGAGUUGUUUGAGCUUCUAGGAUUUGAACGUUUUGACUUUAUUCAGGAACUUCUAGCUAAACGUAAAGUAUUUUUGAAUACUAACACCAAGGAUUUGACUAUUAACCACAUUAAUGGCUUGGGAAAAGUUAAUGGACUUUCAGACCAUGCCAAACCUACUGUGACCAAAACUCAACCACUCAAAGCAGCAUAUGGUUGUCAAGUGACCAUACAGUCUGAGCAAGAGAAGAAAUUGCUGAAACAAGUUCGAAAAGAUGAACAAAAAUUGUCUCAACGCAAUAAAACAAAGGAGAAUGAUGAUAUGAAUCACGAAGAAUACCUCAAAAGUGUUGGAUAUGAUCCUGAAAUGAUGAAGUAUAUGAGAGAGCAAGCUUUUAUUGAAGCUGCGAACAAACCUUUGUUCAGUAAACCAUCAAGAUCCUCACGAAAUGUUGCAAAAUAUCCUUUUGUGUUCGAUUUGUUGCUCACUGCCCAACAGUCUGGGGCUUAUGUCGGUGGAUGUAAGCUAAAAUUACCUCAAGAUACGACGCGAUAUGAUUGUAAGAUGUAUGAACAAUUUCAUCUUCCACCAACGCAGACUAAACCUCCGAAGGAGACAGACAACUUUAUCAAUGUUUCUUCCCUGGAUGAGAUUGCACAAAUCGGUUUCAAAGGUGUUAAGAAACUGAAUCGUGUCCAGUCUGUUGUUUUCGACACGGCCUACAAUACCAACGAAAAUCUACUGAUAUGUGCACCAACGGGCGCCGGUAAGACGAAUGUUGCCAUGGCGACGAUUUUGCGUGAAGUGAAGCAAAAUAUAAAGCAAGGUGUUGUGAUGAAGGAUAAAUUUAAGAUUGUUUAUGUUGCUCCAAUGAAAGCGCUUGCUGCGGAAAUGGUUCGUACCUUUGGAAAACGUUUAUCGCCUAUGGGCAUCAUCGUACGCGAAUUGACUGGAGACAUGCAAUUGACCAAAAGUGAAAUUCUCACUACCCAGAUGUUGGUGACAACACCGGAAAAAUGGGACGUGGUGACACGAAAGUCUACGGGGGAUGUUGCCCUUGCACAGAUCGUUAAACUUUUGAUCAUUGACGAGGUUCAUUUACUUCAUGAUGACAGAGGAUCCGUUAUAGAGUGUCUGGUUGCACGGACAUUGAGACAGGUGGAGUCAACCCAAAGUAUGAUUCGUAUUGUUGGUUUAUCUGCAACCCUUCCUAACUAUCACGACGUCGCAAGAUUUCUUCGUGUCAAUCCGAAUUUGGGAUUGUUCUUUUUUGACGCUCGCUUUCGUCCAGUCCCUCUCGGACAGACUUUCAUCGGCAUUAAAGCCCGUAGUGUUAUGGGUCAGCUGCAAGACAUGGACGUGGUCUGUUUUGAAAAAGUUCUCGAAAACGUUGAAGACGGCCACCAGGUCAUGGUGUUUGUUCAUGCACGCAAUGCAACCGUGAGGACGGCGAUGACAUUGCGUGAGAAAGCCAAGAAUAAUGGAAGUAUUGGUCUUUUUCAAUCGAAACAGUCCUCAAACUAUGGAACCGCUGAGAAACAGGUACGAAAGUCCCGUAAUAAAGAACUCCGAGAACUUUUCUCCGAUGGGUUUUCCAUUCAUCAUGCCGGCAUGCUUCGCAGUGAUCGCUCGAUGGUAGAAGAUUUAUUCUCCAAAGGUUUGAUCAAAGUAUUGGUAUGUACAGCUACCUUGGCCUGGGGUGUCAACUUACCCGCACAUGCUGUCGUCAUCAAGGGUACAGAAAUAUAUGAUGCAAAGAAAGGAUCAUUUGUCGACUUGGGAAUAUUGGAUGUCCUUCAAAUUUUCGGGCGUGCAGGUCGCCCUCAGUUCGACCGAUUUGGUAGUGCUUUCAUUAUCACGAAACAUGAGAAAUUAAGCCAUUAUUUAACAUUGAUGACCCGUCAAUCACCCAUAGAAUCUCAGUUCCAACAAAGUCUUUCUGAUAGUUUGAACGCCGAAAUCUCCCUUGGUACAAUAGCGAACGUUGAUGAGGCAGUUGAAUGGCUGAGUUAUACUUAUCUUUAUAUCCGUAUGAUGGCAAAUCCUAUGGUUUAUGGUAUUUCAUAUGUUGCUAAAGAGACAGAUCCACGUUUAGACAAUCAUCGUCGAGAGUUGAUUGUAAACGCAUCUCGUGCUUUAGAUAAAGCGAAAAUGAUUCGAUUUGAUGAACGAACAAAGUAUCUUACAUCCAUUGACGUCGGUCGGAUUGCCAGUAAUUUUUAUAUCAAGUAUGAUACAAUCGAGACCAUCAAUGAUCAUUUCAAACCUCAAAUGACGGAUGAAAAUAUUCUUUACAUGAUCUCAUUGUCUCAAGAGUUUGAGCAAAUUAAGGUCCGCGAAGAAGAGCAAAAUGAACUGAAGCAGCAUUCCCAACAGGAUUGUAUGUACACGGCGAAAGGUGGCGCGGAAAAUUCUCACGGCAAAACCAACAUCUUACUACAGACGUACAUUUCCCGUGGUUAUGUCGAGUGCUUUUCUCUUGCUUCUGACUUUUCGUAUAUUGCCCAGAAUUCAGCUCGUAUAGUGCGUGGAUUAUUUGAAUUGGCAUUAAAAAAAGGUUGGCCAGGAAUGUCAGCUAGAUUGCUUACUUUCAGUAAAUCAAUAGAUAAACGACUGUGGCCUGAUGAACAUCCACUUAAACAGUUCUCAAUUCUCACGUAUGAAACAACGAAGAAGUUGGAAGACCGUGAAGCUCAUAUCGAACGCUUACGUGAUAUGACCGCUGACGAGAUAGGUCAUCUUAUACAUCACGUGAGAAUGGGACGAAUAGUGAAGCAAUGUGUUCGACAGUUUCCCUCUUUAUCGAUUGUUGCGACGAUUCAACCUGUGACACGGAAUGUACUUCGUGUUAGGUUAACUAUUACGUCUGAAUUUGAAUGGUCGGAAAAGGUGCACGGUGCAACAUCAGAACCUUGGUGGAUAUGGGUUGAAGAUCCCGAUAAUGAUCAUAUUUAUCAUUCUGAGUACUUCCUGCUCCUCAGAAAGCAAGUGAAAACCAAAGAACCACAAUCCCUAGUGUUUACCAUUCCCAUAUUUGAGCCCCUUCCCGCUCAGUACUUGGUUCGUGCAAUGUCAGAUCGCUGGCUUGGGGCCGAGUGCGUAUGUGCUAUCUCAUUCAAACAUCUUAUCCUACCGGAGAAACACCCUCCUAACACGGACCUCCUAGAUCUACAACCGUUACCUUUGACGGCAUUUAAGAACCAUGUGUAUGAAAGAUUAUUUAAGUUUAGCCACUUCAAUCCCGUACAGACACAGGUCUUUCACACAUUGUACCACACUGACAAUAACGUACUCCUCGGUGCCCCGACUGGUAGUGGUAAAACCAUUGUUGCUGAGAUGGCAAUAUUUCGUGUGUUCAACAUAUAUCCCAAGAAAAAGGCUGUUUAUAUAGCGCCUUUGAAAGCUCUCGUUCGCGAGCGAAUUGAAGACUGGAAAAUUCGUUUUGAGCAGAAAUUGAAAAAGAAAGUAGUAGAACUUACUGGUGACGUCACACCGGAUAUGGGUGCCAUCUCGAAAGCUGACGUCAUAGUGACGACACCCGAGAAAUGGGACGGCGUGAGUCGGAGUUGGCAGACCAGAAACUACGUUCAAGAUGUGGCGUUACUGGUGAUAGAUGAGAUUCACUUACUGGGUGAUGAAAGAGGUCCUGUUCUUGAAGUUAUUGUAUCACGAACAAAUUAUAUAUCGUCACAUACAGAACAUCCCGUUAGAGUUGUCGGUCUUUCAACUGCUCUUGCAAACGCUAAAGAUCUAGCUGAUUGGCUAGGUAUUAAACAGUCCGGUUUAUUCAAUUUCCGUCCAUCUGUUCGCCCGGUUCCUCUGCAAGUCCACAUUAACGGCUUUCCCGGAAAGCAUUACUGUCCGCGCAUGGCAACUAUGAAUAAACCCACGUUUGUGGCAAUUCGUACCCAUUCUCCUGAUAAACCCGUCUUGAUAUUCGUCUCGUCACGUCGUCAAACCCGUUUGACUGCACUGGAUCUCAUAGCUUACCUUGCUGCUGAAGACGAUCCGAAACAAUGGUUACAUAUGGCAGAGGAAGAGAUUGCGAAUAUCGUAUCCGGUAUACGAGAUGACAACCUACGAUUUAUUCUCCCCUUCGGAAUAGCAAUGCAUCACGCGGGACUCCACGAGCGCGACAGAAAAAUAGUUGAAGAGCUGUUCGUGAAUCAGAAAGUUCAGGUUUUAAUUGCUACCAGUACUUUAGCGUGGGGUGUCAAUUUUCCCGCUCAUUUGGUCGUCGUCAAAGGCACGGAAUAUUUCGAUGGUAAAACGAGACGUUACGUAGACUUUCCUGUGACGGAUGUGUUACAAAUGAUGGGACGAGCAGGACGUCCUCAGUUUGAUGAUCAAGGUGUAGCUGUCAUUUUGGUGCAUGACAUCAAGAAACAGUUUUACAAAAAGUUUUUGUACGAUCCAUUCCCGGUCGAGUCAAGUCUACCUGAGGUGCUCUCCGAUCAUAUGAAUGCCGAGAUUGUGUCUGGAACUAUUACAUCAAAGCAGGAAGCGAUGGACUAUAUAACCUGGACUUACUUUUUUCGACGCUUGUUAAUGAAUCCCAGUUAUUAUGAUUUGGAGAAUACUGAACACGAGGAAGUGAAUAAAUAUUUAUCGACUGUUGUUCAAACGUGCGUCACUGAUUUGGAAGGAUCAUAUUGUGUGGAAGUUGACGAGAAUGAUCAGUCUGUUUAUCCGACAAUUCUUGGUCGUCUUUCGUCUUACUACUACCUCAGUCAUCGUACAAUGCGUCUAUUUCGAGAAGAACUUUACGAAACUGCGUCAUCAACCGAGUUACUAAAGAUUUUAAGUAAUGUCGAAGAGUAUGAUCAACUGCCUGUUCGUCAUAAUGAAGACGCUAUUAAUAGUGAUUUGGCAAAACAAUUACCUCUGGAAGUUGACCCCUAUUCAUACGACAGUCCCCAUACGAAGGCGUUCAUUCUAUUUCAAGCUCAUUUCUCCAGGUUUACUCUUCCCUGUAGUGAUUAUUACACUGAUACUAAGUCUGUUCUUGAUCAAGCUAUCAGAAUUUUACAGGCAAUGGCUGACGCAGCAGCAGAUGAAGGAUGGUUAACGACGGUGUUACGAAUCAUUUUGAUUGUUCAAAUGGUCGUUCAGGGACUUUGGAUAACAGAUAGUCCCCUGCUUUGCUUACCUGGUAUCCAUAAAGUUCACCUAAGUUUAUUUCGCACAACCGAUGGCUCACGGAGAUGUGUCGACAGUCUUCCGGAACUUUCAGAAAUUGUUCGACGCGAUGAAAUGUAUUUGCAUAAAAUGCUGAAUGGAAAUAUUUCGCCCAAGAACAUAGAUCAGAUUGGUGAAGUUCUUUCGCAUCUUCCUAAAGUGUCAACUAGACUCUUCAUCCGGGGAAAUUGGGAAGAAGAACCCAUUCAACAAGAGAAAAGUGUUGUUGUCACAUCUGGCCGUGUCGGUCAGGAGAAUUGGGUACAAGUUCACGCUGAUCAAGAGUACACACUGAAAAUUGAACUGGAGCGUGUAUUGGAUGAUAAAAAGACGUUUGAUUGUAAAGCUUUCGCCCCUCGCUUUCCUAAAGCAAAAGAUGCCGGCUGGUUGUUGGUCUUGGGGAAUAUUGAUGAUGGCGAACUCGUUGCAUUGAAGCGUAUUGGCUGCAUCAAGUCUCGCUCCAAUGUUUCACUUACUUUCUUUACUCCUGAAAAUAUAGGCUCAAAGAUAUACACAUUGUACUUAAUGAGUGACUCCUACAUUGGUUUGGAUCAGCAGUUUGACAUUUGUCUUGAUGUUAUUGAGGCAAGCAUUGAAACGCUAGUAAACAGGGAAGUUCAGCCGAGCUAACGCUAGAUAAAUAAAGGAAAUAAAUGAAAUUGAUCGUUGUGUUCAAACUCUAUUACAAAGAAAAUAAAGAUUGUAUGAUUAUGUAAGACAGAUAAUAGACCAUUAUUUUUCUUCAAGUAA